GUAAAGGGCGCCAUUCGUAGAAGUAGACUGGUUGUAUUUCUUUUUUGGGACUAGUGUGGUCCGAUGCUAUUGACUUUAUGCCUGGACGCCUACAUUUCAGCUUCCCUCCAGUGAACGGCAUAGGAUCUACAAUGUUCUAUUAGAGGCGAGGAUAAAAGUAGUAUUUUAUUACGCUGCAACUUUUGACAACACGGCCAAGGUGCCACAUUGAAAGUAAAUACUUCCAUCUAUUACCCCCAGUCUGAUGAUGGAGCAACUUCAGAACCACCGAGAAAGCAGCUUCCAUGAUGAUUUGACCACUGGAGGGAUUUGCUUCAGUUGUGAACAAAUCUUUUCUACUCAGCAAUUUUUGGAGGAACACGUGUGCCCUUUUACGAGUCACAUCUGCACUUGUGGAACUGAGUUUGCCGCGUACGAAGACAUGCUCUCUCACAACGUCACGCACGAACCGGGACAACAGGUGCUGCAUCACGAAACGAUAAAAAAGCGCCGAUUUGAAAAGCACAUAGAAGAAGAGGAGCAGCUGAAACGCUUCAAGUCGGGUGAAGUUGUCUGGAAGGCGGAAGGUGCUUCUAUGUGGGCAAAACAGUCUCCCUCGGCAUCAGCUUAUAAGACUUCUAUUUCGAAACAGACGUCCACGGCCUCAUCUAACGCUGGCCAAGGUGGCUUAAACAUGAAGAGUACGUUUUCUAGUGUGGGCGCGCCAACAGUAGAUCUUUGGACAAUUUACCAGCCCGUGGUGUUGGUGAAAACGAUCCGUAAGUGGAACCAGUGGAAGCCGUACACUUGCGGUAAAUGCGGGGAAAGUUUUAUCACCAAGCGCACGUUGUUUUCACACACUAAUACUCACAUUGCUGACAAAAUCUCUGGCUGCAUCGGAUGUGGGCUGCUGCUUUCCAGCCGAAAGUUCGUGCCUCGCUUCCACACGUGUAACUUCCCCAGCACCACAGCCAAACUCAAACUCAUCACAGCCAGACCACUCAAUUUCAAGCGUCCCAUCACAGAAAUAGACCUGACUCAAAGCCCGCUUAAGUCUUCCAAUGCGGACAACCAAAAGAGCCGGAUGCUUCAAGUCACCUCGGCCUUGCAGUUGAAAAAUCUAAACGUGCGAACGUACGGCAAAGUUGCUCCGGGAGUUCGCGCCAUGCCUACCCAGCCGUUCAAACAUGACAAUUCCGCACUGAGCGCCCCGCAGAAAAGCAGCUGGAAGCAUUCGCGCUCACCCGUGACCAAGAGCACAAACCUGAUCCAACCCGUGGAGACGUCCGCCAGGGGAGCCGACUUCACGUGUCGAGUGUGCCACGUCGUCUUUGAGAGCACGCAGAUGUUACAGAGGCACAAAUGUCCCAAAGCCGACGAAUUUUUGGCCAGACACGGCCGCAUCGGGAAGAUGAUCAAUCCCAGACAGGAUGUGGUGGUACCCAAGCCCCCUGUGACUCGGGUGAACGGUGAGAGAAGUCACAAGUUCUCAGCGGACGCCAAGAAACAAGUCCCUACCGACAAAGAGCAAAGCGCGGAAAAUGUGGUUACAGCUGACGAUAUGGAAGAUGAUUGUUACAUUGUGGAAACCGGACAAGAAAAAACAUCGGAAAUGAUCUACCAGGUCACUUCGUCUGUCCCCAUCAAAACUUGACCAGUUUGCACAUCGUCUGUUUAUGUUCAUUCCAAAGGAGUCACGUUUCCUGACGUCUUCCGUACUUUGAAAAUUCAUGUAUGUGCGGUUACCUGUUUAGAUUUGAUAGAAUUAAAUAUGAAUUUGAAUCUGGCUGCAUCCUUUGUGUCGGGACAGAACAUCUGAAUGCUCCAAGUUUUUCUAUUUGGACAUUAGAUUAUGAACUCAACCAAUAAUGUAAAGAUGAGAUGUGAGGUGUAUUAUACAUUUCUUUUUCUAAAUAGUUUAGUGUGACCUAGAUGUGUUGGGCUUUGUUUCACUCCCGUGACCAUAUUCCUUUGGUUCAUUUUAAGUGAACGUUGUGUGUUAUUAAAAUGUAUUUUUAAAUUCUGAUGUUUAAUUUUUUAAUGUAGUUACUGCACUGUUCACCAAAUUAUCUAACGAGUGAUUAAUGCAUUGUCGAGUGCAUUGUAAUAACUUUUUCAUCACCCUUCGACUUCCACUUGAUUUCCAAAAUUCCAACAGUACGUGAAGUGCACACUUCAUACGCAAGAUGUGAUAUUGUAAUGCCCUCGACGUGCUGGUGCAAAUUCGUCGCUUUUUAUUGAACCGCAAAUAAUUAACACAUUUAUACACGACGGUGGUCACAACUCACGCCCAUACACUCCACUCACACACUUUUGCAGACACCCCCUUACUAAUCUUUCGUGCACUCAUUGUCAACGUCAUUUCCUGCUCAACCGGGGGCCCCGCCCUCUCACUUCCCAUAAUAAACAAUAACAAACAUUCUAAUUUCCUUUGACGUAGCUUUGUGCCACCGAACCGACCUGGCAACUCAAAGGUGCUAAAAGAUGCUUAGGUCGGGAUUAGUUUAAGUAGUCCAGUAGACUAGUGAAUGUAGUUGUAGGUUUGUAAAACAGCCUUAACGCUGCUUUUUGCUUCAUGCUAAGUCGCUAGCAAGCCGCCACUGACGGCUACCAAAGGACCAGUGUUGACACCCACUCAGGCAAGCACUUUGACUAUUUUUUCAAAUAAAAAAAUACUCACUAAACAAUAGCAGCAACUAAUUAUGUCUAAUGAAGCCAUGUCAAUUUUUCUUUACCGUUCGUGAUUGUUGUUGGCAUCCUGCCCACCAUAUGCAUGCAAACGCCUUUGUUGUUUAAUUCUGGUUUUGAGAUGAAUAGCAAAAAAGAAAGCCUUAGGAACAAGGCUGCUGUCCUGACAUGUUACUCAAAACAUUCGGGAUGGUGCUGUAAAAUCGACUCAGUGAGACGAUAGACCUUCUAAUCUCUGUUAAUUCUACAGACUCGUGACAGGAGUAACAUUUCCUUCAGCAGGAGUGACCAGUAUAGGCCGGUGUUGAUACAAUAUCAGUGGUCAUUUAUAAAAACAACUGAGAAGGGGUUAACCAAAAAUGGCAUCAAAAAGAAAAUCAUAUCCUGCAGGUUACAAGUUGCUUGUAGUAAAAUAUGCAGCCGAAAACGGUAAUCGAGCAGCAGAAAGAAUGUUUGGAGUUAAUGAGAAACUUGUAAGGGACUGGCGAAAAGCGGAGGUUACUCUUACUGAAAUGAAGAUAACAAAAAAAGCCAAUCGUGGGCUGAAAGCUAGGUGGCCACAGAUAGAGGAACGACUUCGCACAUGGGUUCUUGAACAAUGUGCUGCCGGGAGACGCUUGUCAACAGUGCAGUUGCAUCUCCAUGCCCAGGUAAUUGCCAAGGAGAUGAAUAUAAAUGACUUUGUUGGAGGACCUUCUUGGUGUUAUCGCUUCAUGCAACGCAAUCAAGUCUCUAUCAGAGAAAGGAAAAAGAUGUCCCAAAAAUUGCCAGCAGACUUCGAUGUCGACCGUUUCCGUGAGUUCAUUGAGAGUCAUCUGCCUGGAAAUACAGACUGUAUUGAGGAGAGCCACGAUUUUGAAAUGGGGGGAAAAAAUGACACAUCCAUGUAAACUUUUAUCUGCAUCUCCCUCAUCAGUGACUCUGAAAUUCCAAGAAACUCUUAAAUCUGAAAGACCUGUUGAGAGCAAAAGGCAACCUAUUACUGCCUCGCAAUUAGGGAUGCAAAGGCUGAAAUGGCACCUGCAAGUGUGUGUCACUUGAAAACAGGCCAUCAUGCAGGCGGAGCGACGAAUGAAAAGAGGGCAUCCGAGAAAAAUAGAACGCUCAAAGCUGAAGGACAAAAUGUUUGCUACUACUUCUGCAGAACUUGUGCCGGAUCAACAUGAUUAAAUUAAAUAUGUGAUGUGAGGUGUGUUAUGAAUCUCUUGUUCGUUUUCUAAAUACAGUUUAGUGUGAUCUAAAUGUGUUGGGCUUUAAAUUCCACUUCCGUUCCUUUGGUUCAUUUUAAGGGAACUUUGUGUAAUAUUAAAGUGUAUUUUGAAAUUCUAA